CUCCACUCUCCAGUCUCCUCCAAACCUGACUCUUUUAUUACUUGUACAAACAGUUGUAUACUACUUGUGGAAGCUGUUAACUCAAAAUUAAUAUUCUCUCUGCUUGCUUUUAUUUUUCUUAUAUCAAACUUAUCAACACACAAUCACGUGUGACUAACAUUAACUGUAUUACUAUAAAUACACAUCAAUCACACGGUGUUCACAAUCAACGGCCAUAAUCAAGACAACCAUCGAUCUGCCAAACCGGCAAAAAAUGACGUCAUCCUCACCGUCUCCACAAGCCUCGAUGCUUUUGUAUUGGCACGACAACCAAUACGACGACCGCAACUUCCAGAUUCAUGGCCGUACACUCUUCUUCGCUGUCGCUCUGUUUUCCAUCAUCUUCGUCUUCGCUCUACUCACUCUCUACAUCCACCGGAGCUGUCUACCACACACUCCCGCCGUUAUUCUCCACGCGCCGUCUCCUGAUCAACAUACGCUCUGCGUCCGCGGAGGGCUUGAUCCCGCGACGAUCCGGAGCUUGCCUGUUGUGCUUUUCCGGAGAGAAGCAGCGGAUGAGGAGGAGGAAGAGUGUUGUAUAUGUCUCGGUGGUUUCGAGGAAGGGGAUAAGAUGAAAGUGCUUCCUCCGUGUAGCCAUUGUUACCACUGCGAAUGUGUGGAUCGGUGGCUAAAGAAAGAGUCGAGCUGCCCGCUAUGCCGAGUCUCUAUCCGAGUCGACUCGUCCAUGUCGUUGCCAAGGCAAUGAGAAACAGCUAUAGAGUGAUAGUGAUUAAAGAUAUUUAAUAUGUUUUUUUUUUUUUUUUUGUCUUUGGGUGAGUUAAAGA